AUGAAGUUGUUUCUUCCAACUUCUCUGUCGGCCAUUGUAGUCACAGCUCUAGCGUCGCCCUCGGUCACCAUUGACGCUGGGACUAUCAAGGGUGGAAAGUGCAGUAAUGAACAUGCGGUCUAUUACAAGGGCAUUCCGUUUGCCGAGCCUCCCGUUGGGGACCUGCGAUUCGAACCUCCCAAGGCCUACAGCAAAAAAUACCGCCACGGAAAACUCAACGCAACUGCGUCAGCUCCGUCCUCCUCUACCUGGACAUUUGGGCACCAUCUAACGCAACCAAACAUUCCAAACUUCCUGUCAAAGUUUGGGUCUUUUGGCGGAUCCGACACCGAAGGCGGGAUUGAAUAUCCUCUGUAUGACGGCUGUAACUUGGCCGAGAAAGACAACAUUGUGGUUUCAUUGAACUACCGACUCGGGCCCCUCGGUUUUUUGGCACUGGAUGAUGCCGGCUACCAGGGCAAUCAAGGGAUACAAGAUCUUAUUCGUGGGUUUGAAUGGGUGCAGAAAAGCAUCUCUUCCUUUGGAGGUGACCCUAAAAAAGUCCUCGCUUUCGGACAAUCAGCUGGUGCCACAGAUGUGUACACUCUUGCGACUCUUGCUGAAGCACCUCAUCUAUUCAAGAGCGCUAUGGUUGAAUCGAUCGCUCUACCCCAAUUGACCAAUAAAACAAUUGCUCAAAAGCUCGGUGUGUCAUUUGCGAAGAAGCUUGAUUGCAGUGCCAACGACAAAUCAUGUCUCCGGUCCAAAUCUUCGGCCGACCUUCAGAAGGCAUUCUAUUCCGAUUCAUACCUGCAUUCCGGUAUCGGGAGCCUAGAUGGAAUUGGUAAUGACAAUAGCCUGACGCCUGAAUUCUGGCCAAUUGUGGAUGGCAAAAUCAUCAAAGAGAAUCCUCUCCAGCGCGGUGCACAAGUCCCGACAGUCUUUGGCUUCAAUCAACAGGAGGGUGCUUUGAGCACCAUCGGGAAGUAUUCAUCCCCGGAGCUCAUUGCGAACCUCACGGCGGCCGAUUACGAGACUUUUCUCAAAGGGGACUGGGGCUCUGCAGCUUCAACGAUCGAGAAAUAUUACCCUCUAUCUGCGUAUGAAUCCGCGGUUAAGAAACUCGGGUUGACAGCAGGAUCCGGUGUCUUUAAGGCCAUUGCCCAGGUCCUCACAGACGCACAUUUCAAAUGUCCGACAUAUCAGAGUGCCGUGAGUACUGCGCGCAAUGGUAAUGCGGCAUGGGCCUAUGAGUUCACUCACAAUUCCUCUUGUGCAUGGCUGGAUACACUGGCUCCCAUUGGAGAUAAUCUGGCAUUCCUUGGUGCCGCUCAUACUGCUGAAUUACCAUUCGUAUUCAGCAACUUGGAUUUCAGCUACCCUACAGAGAACUACACCUGCAAUAGCUCGCAAUCUGAGCGCAAAUUGAGCGAUGAGAUGAUCAGCUUGUGGAAUGCGAUGGCGGAGAAUGGCAAACCGUCGACCGACGCUAUUCAAUGGCCGGAAUUCAAUAUCACAUCAACAGGCUUGAAUACCCCGGGAAUGAUCUUUGGUAAUUCAAGUACCUCUGGCGAGAUUGACUUUUCCAUCUGCAAGCUACUAUGGGCUCAGGUCAGCGCCGAGCUGGAUGGAACAAACAGCACGGCCACAUCAACAUCAUCUCCCAGCAGCAGUGGAAGCUCUACAUCAUCCAGUGGUGGAAUGACUAUUUCAACCUCACUUGGAGGUUCGAUCUUCUUCACUGCCAUUUUAAUGGGAGUCACUAUCCUGUUUUGA